UUCAUUGCUCUGCUUCCAAAGACCGACAAUGUCCAUGAGACUGCGGAUGUCUUUCCUGGUCUUGGCAAUGGCAAGGACAUUAUCUUCGGCGAGGCUUACGAAUGCCACCAUCGCAUGGACGCUGAAACCCCGCCAGCUGUUGGAUUGCGGUAACAUGCUCGGAGCUCUGCAGCAAGCGAGCCGGCCACCACUUGCAAAACCGUCAUCAUCGGCGUCAAUGAACCGGUCACCAUCGCGCAGUCCAACGAGCUCAAAGAGGUUGCAUGGCACGGCAGCAGACAUUUUCGGCAGAAUGGGCUGGAUCGGCAGCAAAGGGAGAGCAACACUCUUCGUGGGAAGGAUGCCAUUCACCUCUCUAACCACAAGGGAUCGUCGUAGCGUCAGAAGCAUUGCGGAGCGCAUCGCGGUGGUGCGAGCAAGUGUUGAUCGACAGGGCGUGGUAACGAUGGCGCAGCCUAGGAAAAAGCUACCCGAGCGAUCGGUGGACGUCUUCUGCCAAAAGUGCCGGACUCAGCUCUACAGAUACAAGAAGGGAGGGAAAGGAUCCCUGGUAAAGUGCUACAAGGAGCGCAUCGUGGAAGAUUUCACAGACGGAAAGCUGGAGUGUCCCAACUGUGGACAGCUUUUUGCGAGGGACACCAUGGUCCACGGGAGACCAGCGUUUAAGAUGAUCGGCGGCAAGGUUUAUCAGAAGAAGUGACGCCCGGCUCCAAGUCUAGCGUGCAGGUUUCCAAGGCUACGGCAGACACCUUAGACACGGCAUACUUCGGCAGUUUCUACUGUAUAAACUGGUCUGUUGUUGUAAACCACCACGCAUAUGUUGUGCACGUCGAACGGAUUGUUUUGGAUCAAAGUGCAUGCAGAAGUCUGUAACUUCCUGGAACGCUGUGCAUCGUGAUUUCCAUCGGGUUACAAUAUGUAGAAGGUGCCCGCAGUUUUCUG